CCCUCGCCUCCACACAUUCUCGGCCAUCCCUACCACCACCGCUCCUGUACAGUACAGUACAGUACAGUACAGUACAGUACAGUACAGUACAGUACAGUACAGUACAGUACAGUACAGUACCUACGGAGCACACUAACUUAAUAAGGUACCCAACCUGCCAACCCUUCCCGGGCUGGCCUCCUUGAUUCGAAUUCCUGUUUUCUCCUCCUCCUCCUCAAUAACAAUUCCAUCUUUUGACAACUCACCAACUUUCAUCGCCAGCUUCUCCUUCGACCGUUCCAGGGCAUCAUUCGUUGUACGCCCUUUUUACUGCCCUUUAUUUCGGCGCAGCGCCCCUUCUCUGAUCAGUCUCUCACUCUCUUGAGCCGGUCAACACUCGUUCCAUACAUCCAAUUCUUCGCCCAUUCCCGCGUCAACGAAACCAUUCUCUGGAAAAACAUCCACCUUUCAACCACGACAUCAGACAACAUCAUGAAGACUUUCUCCGUUGCUGUAGCAUUAGCUGCUGCUUCUGUCGUUUCUGCACUCCCUUCUCCUAGUGAGGAGCUGGUUGCACGCGCUACCAGUCUCCCAUCAAUUACCGUCAAGGGAAAUGCUUUCUUCAAUGGAAACAGCAGAUUCUACAUGCGUGGUCUAGACUAUCAGCCUGGAGGAUCCUCUAAAUUGGUUGACCCCAUCGCAGACCCAGCUACCUGCAAGCGUGAUAUCGCACAAUUCCAGAAGUUGGGCAUCAACACUAUCCGUAUCUACACCGUCGACAACACAGCCAACCACGAUGACUGCAUGGCCCAAUUGGCCACUGCAGGUAUCUACUUGGUCCUCGAUGUCAACACUCCUCUCUACUCCCUCAACAGAGCCGACCCCCACCCAUCCUACAACUCCGUCUACCUCCAGAACAUCUUCGCCACGAUCGAUGCGUUUGCGAAAUACACAAACACUCUGGCUUUCUUCUCUGGAAACGAGGUUAUCAACGAUGAUCUUACCACCCCAGCUGCGCCAUACGUCAAGGCCGUCACUCGUGACAUGAGACAAUACAUCCGCAGCCGUGGAUACCGUACCAUCCCCGUCGGAUACUCCGCUGCUGAUGUCAACUCCAACCGCAAGGAGAUGGCCGAGUACAUGAACUGCGGUACCGAUGAUGAGCGCAGUGAUUUCUUCGCCUUCAACGAUUACUCCUGGUGUGACCCAUCUUCCUUCACCACCUCUGGCUGGGACCAGAAGGUCAAGAACUUCACCGGAUAUGGACUCCCUAUCUUCCUGUCCGAGUACGGCUGCAACAUCAACACCCGCAAGUGGGAAGAAGUCAAGUCCCUCUACAGCACUGACAUGACCUCCGUCUACUCAGGCGGUCUCGUCUACGAAUACUCCCAAGAAGAGUCCAAAUACGGCCUCGUCACCCUCUCCGGCAGCACCGUCACCCCCCUCGCGGACUUCACCGCCCUCCAAGCCGCCUUCAAAUCAACCGCCAACCCCAGCGGCGACGGCGGCUACAACUCCACCGCCGGCGCCUCCGGCUGCCCCGCCAAGUCCGCAAACUGGGACGUCGACUCCGAUGCCCUCCCUGCUAUCCCAUCCGCUGCGGCGGCUAUGAUGAAGUCUGGUGCUGGGAAGGGCGCGGGCCUCACUGGCGAGGGAUCCCAGAAUGCGGGGGGGACUUCCUCCGGAACUGCGACUCAAGGAUCCGGUGCUGUGUCUCAGACUGGGGGAGCGUCGAAGCCAACUAAGAGCUCGGGAGCUAGCUCUGUUCGUGCGCCGUUUGAUGCGAAGCCUUUGUAUGUUAGUGUUGUUGCUUUGGGAUUUACUUUCCUUGGGGCUGUCAUGCUAUAAGAAUUAGAUAGUUGAGUUUUUCGACUUGGGAGGUGAGGGUGUGGAUAAGAAUGGGGAUGAGAAUGGCAAUUAGAGCUGUGUACUGUACAUAGGCGCGUUUUUUGUUAGGUAAUUCUAUUGGAUAUCAUGGCAUUGCAUUAGAUUGCAUUGUGCUAAACCUGAUUUGCUUGAAUUGAAAGACCAUAUACUUUUGUUCAGCUCUAUGUUAGAGACAGAAAAUAUGGUUCUGUUGUUGACGUGUUGUUAACUAUCGUAAGCGAUCGAUCGAUCGAUCGUCAGAAAUUAGGCAAGCUGGGCGUUGCCAAUUCCUUGGGCUUGACUUGGGCUUUCCUUGGGUCUAUUGCUUAAUUCUUUGGUUACACUUGGCUGCUUGGCCCUGGAACUUGAAAACUAAUUCACGAUUCUCUUCAGAAAUUGAAGAUCUGGAAGAUGUUUUGUUUCUUUGGCGGUUGUUCUUUGUUCUUUUUGUCCUUUCGGAUUCUUGGAGACUGAUAUCGAUUGAUGUGAUGGGAUGGGAUCGAUUGAUGGGUGGGCGGGUAUUGGCUUUACGCGGAGCGGCAGAGGUAGGUAGAGG